UCAUUUACUCGGUAUUACUUGUCCGCGAAUCUGUGAUAUUUAUUUUAUUUAAUAAAGCGGUACUUGCAUCUGCGCCAUAACCUUAUAACAGGGGAAUGUAGAUUCCCAAAAUAAUUUACAUAUAUAUAGGUAACCGUAGCCUGUGGAUUGUUCAAAAUCAGUCGCUGUCUACGAAUCUCACGUCCUGCCUGGCCCCAUGCACUGAUUACUGCUUCCUUACGAAAUUAUGACGCGAUCGUGUGAAAUGCUGUUUCCGGUUGGGUCGACUGGUUGAUCGCGAUGGGCGCUAUAGGCGCGGGCGGUACUUUGCGGCGCUCGCACGCCGCCGCGCUAACCGCCCUCGCGGCGUUGCUGCUGCUUCUGCUGGCAAGACAAGCGCCCGCGCCGCCGCCUCGCCCCCGACCCGCACUAGCAGUACCCGUCGCUGCAGAUGUUAUGCCACCGUCGCAGCCGCUCGCUGACACGACGAAACUAGAAGCAUCUAAGAUAGAACCCUCCAAGAUUGAGUCUACGGUACGCAUUGUUCCGCACGCAGGCACAUCAGUACGCAACGUUACGGCAGCGCCCUCCGCCGCCCCCACAGCUGCAACGCCACGCCGCGACCCGCGCGUUGUUCUCACGCGUGACUUGUACGUGGCAGGACACGAGCAACCCCACCCCGAGCUGUGUCCCGCGCUCGGUGCACAUUUGCGCUUGUUAAUCUUGGUCACAUCAGCGCCGUCCCAUUCAAUAGCCCGUGAUGCUGUUCGACUCACAUGGGGGCACUACGCCGCGCGGCGCGACGUCGCUUUGGCGUUCGUCCUCGGUUCUCCGCAGGAAUCCAUGCGUGCCGCUCUCGAAGCUGAAGAUGCAUUGUACGGUGAUCUUGUCAUCGGACGCUCAUUCGAUUCAUAUUCCAAUCUGACGCUCAAAACAUUGUCGAUGCUAGAGUGGGCCGAUACUUACUGUCCGCGUGUUCCGCGGCUGUUGAAAACCGACGACGAUAUGUUCAUCAACGUUCCGCGUCUCUUACGCUUUGUGUCAACGCACGAAAACGUUACGCGCACUAUUUGGGGCAAAGUAGUGCGAAAGUCGUUGCCAAAGCGUACAAUGAAAUCAAAGUAUUAUGUCUCUCCACUGCAAUUUCCCGGAAAAGUGUUUCCGGAUUUUGCGACAGGUCCCGCAUACUUGCUAACGUCAGACGCAAUAAGACCGCUUUUAGAGGCUGCCCCAAACGAACCUUACCUGAGACUCGAAGAUGUUUUUAUAACGGGCGUACUUGGGGCACGGUUGGGUAUGAAGCGACAACACGUAGCAGAAUUUUAUAAUAAGAAAGUAGCUGCCCACCCGUGUGCCGUGCAACGCGGGAUUGCCAUACACAUGGUGCAAUACCAUGAGCAAUUCGACCUUUGGCGUAAGCUGUUGGACGGAAAAACGAAAUGUGCUAGCUAGCGCCGAUCUCGUCCGUGAGAUCUUGCUCAGUGUGACGUGGGAGUUCACGUCUAAUCAUUUGGAAUCUCCGAGAAGCAACUUGACUUUAAUGUAAAUGAUACCCUUAGUAUUUAUUAAGUUAGCUCGAAAAUAUCGCACCCGUGCGAUAUAUGUACAUAGGUACAUAUCAUCACAAAUCCUUAUUUGAUUUGAUUACCGUUUAGCAUGCGUUAAACAGUGAAAGCAA